UAUCUAUUUAAGUCCUCAACCCUAUUUCAUUUCGUCCUCUUCGGCUGAUUCUUAACUUCUUGUAACGCAGUUCCAGUUGGAAGACCUCACAUGGCUGCUGUCGCUGACUUGUCAGAUACCCUGAACCAGUGGGAAUUCAGCUGUGAUUUGGAGGUAGAUUUUGAGUCUGAAGAGAAUGCUUCAAUAGUCUAUGCUGCAUUGGGUGUUGAUAAAGAGUUGCAACCAGAUAAAGUGAAGAGGCAAAUGUGGAUCUCUGAUGGGAAACUUUCUGUGCACUUUGAAGCAGUUGAAGCUAGGUUUCUCCGUGCAUCAUUUUCAGCUUUCGUUGAUGUACUCACACUUGCCUCAAAAACCAUCGAAGAACUUGGGCCAGGAAUGGUAUUGUGAUCUUUGAUUAUUGCAAUUUUACAAUAAAUGCUGUGGGAUUCUGGCAUUAAUGCAUUCUUUUUCGUUAUUCUUGUACUUCGUCUUUUGUAUUCUUAAUAAUACACAUGUAAUUUUAAUUAGGAUGUAAGCUUAGCUUCUAGCACACCGUUAUCUUCCAGGUUUUUUUCUUUAUGUAUGUUGAACAAGUUUAAACAUUUGGAACUAUCACUAAGUUAUGCCGAAUUCUUCUCUUUUUACGACUCUUCA